AGCGCGGCCGCGGGUGGGCGGAACUGCUCGGGAUGAGUGGCGGAGGGACAGAGACCCCUGUGGGUUCUGAGACCGCCCAGGGCGGCGGCAGCAAGAAGAGGGACUCGCUGGGGAACGCGGGCUCAGCGCACCUCAUUAUCAAGGAUCUUGGAGAAAUUCAUUCAAGGCUUUUGGAUCACAGACCAGUUAUUCAAGGUGAAACUCGUUACUUUGUAAAAGAGUUUGAAGAAAAACGUGGUCUUCGAGAAAUGCGAGUUCUUGAAAAUUUGAAGAAUAUGGUCCAUGAAACAAAUGAACAUACUCUUCCCAAAUGUAGAGAAACAAUGCAGGACAACUUAAGCCAAGUUCUCCAGAGAUUGCAAGCAGCUAAUGAUUCAGUCUAUAGACUACAACAGAGGGAACAGGAACGAAAAAAGAUUCAUAAUGACCAUUUAAUAGCUAGUGAGAAACAGCAUUUACUCCAAUGGGAGGAUUUCAUGAAGGAACAACCCAGCAAAAGGGCUGAAGUGGAUGAAGAGCACAGAAAAGCCAUGGAGAGGCUUAAAGAACAGUACGCUGAGAUGGAGAAGGACCUGGCGAAAUUUUCAGCCUUUUGAGAACUUGAACCACAACAAUGACAAACUAGUGAGAAAACAUUUGCCUCCUCCCUAAAAAAUAUUUCCACCAAACCAUUUAGCCUCUGCUUCAAUCUUAUUAUAUUCAGUGGCACCCAUAUCAGAAGAAAUAAACUUCUGCUGGAGUUCCGAUUAAAUGUUUAAUAGAAGAAGAGUGCUACAUUUUUCCAGUUUUAAGUGCCUAUAUAAGAUGAUUUGAAUGGGGAGGCGUAAGAGGAAAUGGGUUAAAUAUGCUUCUUGUUGAUCAGAAUUGAUCUUUUCCAUUGCUUAGCUCAGAGAACUGUGAGUAUAGAUUUUAGAGAGAAAGAUAAUUUAAUUCAUUGUUAUACAGGGUUAAUAUUAGUUUAUUACUGUGACUGUAGGCUGGUAUAAAAGCUGCCUGUCAUAGCCUCCUUGGCUAUUAGAAGAAUGUGUAAAGUGUUAUUCCAUAAGUAAUGUAGACAAAAAAACAGUUGUCCUUGGAGCAGAAAUCACAUGUAAGAGAGGUGAAAGUGAAAACAAUUGGCCAAGAUGGCCAUGUCGGUCUUUGAAUUGCCUGUUGGGGAUGGUUGCAGAUUUGCAGUGCAGCAUCAUGCCGUGUGCUGCACUGGAUGACAAGACAAUGCGUUAAGUUUUGAGGCCUUCCAGCCCUUAAUAUUUUCCGCUUUUAAAACAUAUUUAGAAAGAAAACCUUACCAAAAACAUAUUUGGACUUUUCGUUUUUCCAAGAACUAUAAUCUUGCCCAUAGUAUUUACCUCAUUUUUG